UUUGUAACCCGACCAGCGGCGGCAGCAGGUUGCUGUCGAAUUGGAGAAGAAAAUCGCUGAAAAUAAUUGAAAAUUUGUUAAUUACAUUCACAAUUAACCAGAGUGUUAGUGGGCAGCUGAAGCCAAAAAACUUUAAUCGUGCAACCGCUCAAAAAAUAAAGGAAGAAAACUAAAGGAAGAACGCAGUUGUGCAAGGCAUAGCACAUUUUGAAAAGCAGGAAAACAACGGGAAUAAUUGUGCAAAACAGCGAUGAAAUGUGUUUACAUGAGUUAAAUACAAGAGAGUUUCAAUACUAGACUGCUUAAAGUUGGAAAUAGUUACAAAAUAAACGCAAUCACAAAACCAAAGAAUCACGUAUAGACAGCACAAUUUAUGCCAAAACAAGUUCCCAAUACAUAUGUAAGCAAUUAAUAACAUUUUUGACAAUCCAUGACAAGAUUGUAAUCGAAACUCUGAAAGAAAAUACUCAAAUAAUUCAGUGACUUCAGCGAGCAGAAAGGUUGAGAUUUAAUUGAGUUGCUGCAUGGGGAAUAGUCUGAUAACGAGUGGAAAACCGAGUCAGCGCCGUGAAAAGAGGCUUUUCGAGAGGCUGAGCUGCAGCUACGCUCAGGCUCCCAACAGAAUGGAGUUGAACAUGAAUCCCCUGCUGGCACUUGCCCGUUCCAUUGCGGCGCCACCGACACCGCCUCCAACCCCGGAGAAAUUGGACGCGGAUAAGGGUAAGGAAAAGGAUAAGGGUAAGGAGGGUCACCCAAAGGCUGCCAUCGAACUGCUGCCCAACGAGAUGUGGCUGGAGAUCAUGUCCUACCUUUCGUACAACGACCUGCAGCAAUUGCGCAUGGUGUCCUGGCGGUGCCGCGAUCUGGUUCAUCGUCGCCGAUUCAUGGAGAAGGGCAAGGUGAUAGUGACGCAGCACAACCUGGAGGCGCUCCACAAGCAUGCCAAGGGCGGAAACUGCUACUUGAGCUUCGAGCGGAUUGAGCUGCGAAAUCUACGCCAGUGCCGCCAGUUGGAGAACUUUCUGCGUCUUGUGGGCCACGAGGUGAAGCAUCUGCAAGUGCGUCAUGCUCCUGUUUUCCGUAAUCUGGAUGGCAAGCUACCAAACUUGAAGGUUCUGACCAUUGCCACGACCAGUUCCAUGGAUGACCAGCAUCUAAAGGCGGUGGAUGGCCUAGACAUGAAGCAGUUUGCCCACCUUGUGGGAUUCGAAUGCGAUGGCGUGAGCUUGGACUCGUCGCUAAAGUUGCUAAUGCUGUUGCAGCUGCGACGGGCGGAGAACAAGGUGCAACUGCGGCACCUGCAAUUCGAGUUCCGGCGAAACAACGAAAACGCUCUACUCGAUGUCCUACAGGAUCAUGCGGACACCUUGGUCUGCGUCGACUUAUUCUUCAGCUGCUCGCCGGGCAUCGAUACCCGUGAGUGGUGCCAAGCCUUCGAAAACAUGCACAAUCUGCGCACUCUCAAGCUUUCCGGAAACUGUCAUCUGGUCCUGUUGGAAGCCGUCCUAAGAGCCGUUCCGGAGUCAGCACCCAUCCGGCAACUGGACUUGACCGGAAUGCUAUCGCUCACCAACGAAUUGCUGCUCUAUAUAGCUGGCAAGUGGCAGAGCACUUUGAAGGUGCUGGACCUAAUGUUUUGUGUCCAACUCAACGCCAAUUGCAUUGAUGCACUGCGCCAGCUGAGUGGUCGCUUGGAGGCAUUGACCAUGGCUUAUUGCAGAGAGCUGACUGGAAUGGGUUUGCUUCAAGGGCUGGCCGGCGAUAUUAACUACAGCCUGCAGGAGCUGCACCUGGAGGAGACCAUAUUUUUGGACGAGAGCUCCAUGUGCCAGCUGUUGGAGCGACUGCCCAAUCUUCGACGCCUCAGUUUGGAUAACUGCCGCCAAGCGGUGACGGAUCGCACCAUGGCCACCAUUUGCCAAUACCAAACAAGACUGCGAAAUCUUAACAUCGACUACUGUGUGAAGAUUACGGAUCAAGGCCUGAUGGGAUAUGGAGAGACUCCGUAUCCUAUAAGUCGACUACGCGGACUGAAGGAACUGAACCUUAGGGGCUGUCGCAAUGUCACGGAUAGUUCUCUAAAAGUUGGCCUGAAAAUGCCAGAGCUGCGAGCCCUUUCCCUGGGCUACUGCAGCCGACUCACUUCAGAGGGAUUCGAGGCAGUGACCCAGAACUGUCCAUCCCUGGAGGCACUUUGUGUGUCCAGUUGCUUGGCAGUGGAUGAUGAGACUGUACUGAAUAUUGUAAGCAAUCUGAAGCGUUUGAGAAUUCUCAACCUGAGCAACUGCGCCAAGUUGACUCUACAAUCGAUCCACCACAUCCUGGCACAUGGACACAAUCUAGUCGAGUUGAUCGCCUGCUCCAUUGACGGCAUGGAUCAUGAGCAGGCCCAGCGCAUUCUGGAGUCGCAGAGGCCACAAAUGAAGCAGGUGCUUCUAUAGCAGGAGAGGUACAUCCACUGACGGAGACGAAACACUCCCCAUCACAACGAUUGGGGGAGUCACGACGAUGAUGAGUUCGACGACGACGAGACCGAGAUAAUCGAGAUCGUAGUUUAGAUUAAGAGGCAGCUGAGCGUCAAACGUACAUUGAUUUAUCCCUAAGGAAAUUAUUUUAGACCCUGAAAACUUUGGGAAAAAACUUUAGAGGUGAUACUUAGAUUUUUUAAAGCCCCAUUCGCUUACUAUGUUAAGAUCAGCCACAACAGAAGCCAAAUAAGAAAGUACAAGUAUUUAUCCCACCCAAAA